AUGAAGAGAAUGGUUGAAACUUUAUACUAUAUGAAUGAGCUUAUUGUGACAGUUAGCAACAAAUCCAGCGAAUGUUUAUUGAAAUACUGCAGCUUAUGCUUUACAGUUUUUGUUAACUCCAGAAAUAGUGAUCAUCCAUUACAACAGAAAAUAUUUAAAUUUGGCUCCAUGAAGCUUUCGUUAUGGAAAUUGGGUGUUAUAUUUGAAGACAGCGAUGGUGGCGAGAAAUAUGCCGCUCAUAUAGCUUAUGAAGAUUUCUUCGGCAAAAAUAAUGCGAAUGAAACAUAA